AUGGCCAAGGUGGCAGACUUUGGGCUGUCCCUGCAGCUGCCGGAGGGCGCGUCGCACGUGGACGGGACGUUCCAGGGCACCAUGACCCACAUGGCUCCUGAGGUCAUGACAGCCGGCCGCAUUUCCAAGGCCAGCGAUGUGUACGCGUUUGGUGUCCUCAUGUGGGAGCUGUUCACGGGGCAGCACGCGUUCAAGGGCAUACCACGCGCCCUGUUGGGCCAUGAGGUCGCCUACCAGCAGCGGCGGCCCCAAUUUCCGGACGGCUGCCCCUUCGACUUCCAACUGCUGGCCUGCAGGCGCGCGGGCCCUGGAGCGCGUCGCAUGGCGCGGGGCCACAUACUGGAGCAGCUGCAGCGCAUGCGCGUGCGCCUCCUGCAGCACGGCAGCGACGGCGCCGUCCACAGCGGCGCCCUCGCGUCGUCCGCCGUGCACAACACGUCGCCCCGGCCGCACAGCUUCUCGGCGGCCGCCGCCGCCGCCGCCGCCCCCGCGGCGGGCGCGCCGGUCGGCUCGUCUGUCGGCGGCGCGCCUGCGGGGAGCCACGGCGGCGGCGACAGCGACGGCAACGGCGGCGGCGGCGGUGGUGGCGGUGGUGCGCCGGCGGCGGCGGCGGCGGUCGGCGGCGGCGGCCUGCUGAUGCCUUCGCUGGCGCAGCUGGCGGAGGGCGAAAGCGCCACCUCAGCGGGGCGCGCCGGCAGGCAGUCGCCCCGCCCCAAGAGCCGGGAGACCCUCAGCGGCCGCGGCGACUCGAAAUCAUUCUACAUAAGCCAGCCUGACAGCUCCGACGACGACGACUGGGGCGGCCGUGCCCACGGCCACGCGCGCGGCCGCGGCGCCAGCGGCGGGCUGGGCGCGGCCGCAGGCGUCAGCGGGCUCAGUAGCUCCGACGGCGGCGAUGGGGACGGCGGCAACAGCAGCAGCGCCUCUUUGGGGGGAAGGCGCGCCGCCAGCAGUUGA